AUGGGCAGACCAGUGGCGCGCAAUCUCGAGGAUGAGAUGAUGACAAAGAUCAAGGCGCUUUUCGACAGGAUCCUCGACACCGUCAAUAAAGAGAACCCGCAAUACACGUUUGACUUUGAACAGUUUGUCGAUUGCUUUGACGAGAACGACCACUUCACCAAACGGGUCUUCGAGUUCCUGGUCAAGGAGACCGCGCAGCGUUACAGGAGCGCGCACCCGCAGCCUCAGUACUCGUCCCAUCCUCGAGCCACCAUCCACCACCUUCCCGGAGGACAGGAUACUCGCUCGAUCACUGGCGCCGCCGCAUUGGACUCCAAUGCAUCAGCAUCAGCAGGAACGGAUGCAGGAGCAACGGGAGGAGGAGAGUCGACUGGAAGUUCUACAGCUCCCUCGGCGACCACGCUUCGACAGCAUCACCACCACCAUCAUCACCAUUCUCCCUUCCAGUCGCCCCGGCACUCGCUCCCGCCCCUCGAGCAUGACUCCCUCGCCCGGUCGCCGUCGACUAUUGCAGGAUUGGGGUCUAUGAACGAGAAUGCUCAAGGGACAGCGCCAUCGACUAGCUCCUCAGGGGCUGCGCUGAGAUACUUGCUGUCGAGUCAGGGAUUCGGUCAAAACAGCAGACGUUCGAGGGCGGCUCAAAGAAUGCUGUCAAACGACCUCAUGGCCUUUCAUCAAGGACAGCCUUCUUUGUUCAGCAGCCUGAGUGCACUCUCUAGCCCUGUGCUUGGAGCCGACGCAACGCUCGCUUCCACUACCACCAGAGGAUCAAGUUCAACAACAACAGCAGCAAGAAGACAUACACAAGACAUGGACACUUCCCUUUCAAUCUCGUCAGCAUCACAAAUAGGAUCAUCAUCAGGAGUAGCAGGAGGAGCGUCGUCAUCUUCAGCUACGGGCUCGGCAUCAGCAGCGGCCUUGUCCACCUCACCCAGAGUGCGUUCGCCCUUUGAGCAGAUGCAGGACCGACAGGACCGCCUUAGGAGAUAUAUGCCCUUGCGAGAGUUUUCGAUGGAGCUGAUGCCGGAUUCCAUCAGGAGUACCGACUCGAAUGCCUCGGGGUCCUCGUUUCCGUUGUCGGAUGAUCCGGAACCCGCCACUGACCUCACAGUGGCUCGAGCCUCGUCGUCGUCGCAGAGAAGACGAGUCAUCGUUGCCGAGAACAUGAGACAGGCGCGGGAACAUCAAAUUCGGCAAUUGUAUGCUCAGACCCUGCGUGCCCGACCACCCCCCGCACAACCCUCUUCUACUCAGCCAUCAUCUAGCCAAGCACAGCCAUCGUCCUCCCAGGCGUCCUCCUCCUCGUUAUCCGAGCCUUCGAACCCGUUUCGACAACACUAUAUUCAGCAGUUACAGGAACAACGAGCUCGUCGGCAGUAUGACCAACUACGACAACUUGAACAGUCUCAACAUGCUCACCAACAGGCUCUCCAAGCUCUUCAGGGUCAGAGACUUGUCGCACCAGAAGAUACCCAACAAUUACCAUCAUCGUCUCAGCAGGAUCAAUCACAUUCAUCGACCCAGCCUCUUGCCCAACGAUAUGUACUCCAGGACAAUGGUCUGCGACUUGUUCAACCUUACCCCGGCUCACCAGGAACUCCCAUUCCACUCCCUAGUACGGCUUCUGACUCUGUGGCGACUGGUGGUCUGACUUCACAGUCUACCGGAUCUCUUUCGGCACUCACCUCGCAACAAGUUCUGGACGAGGCGUAUCAGGAAUUCAGCAGUAGCUCCGAGCGGGGGCGAGCUGCCAUGCGUAAUGCUCUUGCUGCAGAUCUUCACAUUGAAGAAGAUCACCAGGUCUUGUUGACGGGCGAAGUGAGCAGACGCAGGCGAAGACGCGUUGUCGGGAGAUUCUCCAACUCGAUGGGGUCACCUGACAUUGGAUCCGACAACUCGAGUGCCAUCAUCAGUCAGCAACAGCAACAGCAAGAACAGCGGGAACAGGAAUCUCUCGAGUCAGCAGCAGUCGCCCCUACAGAUUCGGUAUCGCUUCUACCACCUACCAGCUCCACAGCCGUUCAACAUACACGGAAUGCGGAGCAACAACAACAAGGAACAGGACCAGUUGUCGACGCAACAUUGCCUACAAGCUCAUCUAUCGCAACCCCAAGUGCAACUACGACUGGUUCGACGACGACGACGGCGCCUACGGUACCAGAAGUCUCUGUAGAGAUGGUUGAUAGCCAAACAACCCGUGACGACGCAGAGCACCAUGGUAGUAGCGACCCCAACAAUAGUAGCAGCAGUAGCAGCAGUAGCAGUAGCGGUCAUCUCGGCUUGGGUCUGACUUCAACGGGUAGCACGAGUCAUGGACAGACUGUACCGCCGACUCCACCCUCCCCAAACCCAAACAGGAACCCAAUGCCGACCUUUCAGGACCGUAGACGAUCAUCUAUCAACCCUGCCGAUAUUGAGACUUUAGUUCGGGAAAUGGAGGCCAAUGCACAGUCGGCAGCUACCCUGGAUAUCAGAACAACCGGUGGUAGUAAUAGACCGACAUCAAGUUCGUCGUCCAGGAUCCGAUUCCCUCUUCAGGCGCUGUCGCCUAUUGUCGAGCCUGGUGGAUCCACACCCCCUGUGGCGUUGGUCCCUCCUCUUGGGAUCUUGACACCCACUUCUUCGAAUUCUUCCUUGACUGAGCCGACGGGAUCGGGAUCUCGUGCAACACAGCAGCCGGUCCUGUUGUCGCCCGAGCCCGAGCCUGAGCGUGGAGCUGGGCGGGUUUCUGCACCGCCAGCAGCAGCGCCAACGACCAAGACCCCGUCACUGUUCUUCAAAAAGCCUCCCAAACAACCCAAGAGUAUCGAUGCCCAGAACCAUCUCAGCGCUGUAAGACGAACCGAGUUCCCGCUCUACACCAAGUCCUCCGCCUUUCCCACUACCACCACUACCACCACAGCUGCGGCGACGACAGCGAAAACAUAUAAUAGCAAAGGACCAGGCGCAGGGGCGGCAACGAUGAUGGCGAUGGGCACGAAGGGGUCAUAUUCUGGAUCCAAACCGACGACGACGACGGCGGCAAGAACAGGACAGGAUCGGGACUCAAUUCGACCUUCUGUUACAUCCCCCGGCAGUCAACGGCAAAAGCAACAGCAGCAGCAGCAGCAGAGACAUUUUGCGAUCCCGCCCAAGAGUUCUCAUCAACCGGACCUGACUUUUGGGACCUCGCCGUCUCCCAGGAAGGGGAAUGCGAUUAGUGUUACGCCAGUGAAUUCAACGUCUUGGGUUGGGGAGGGUCAGGCGCAGGGUAGGAAGAUUCAGGAAGUGGAUGAUGAAAAUGAGGAGGAGGAGGAGGAUGAUGGUGGAGUGGUGCAAGUCCGGAUGCCAGAUUUCAUGCUAAGCAGGGAAGAAAGAGGCGGAGGCAUGUCCAAGGAUGUGGGGUCCAAAUCGACAGCCCCUACGACUGCGGGGUCGACACCGACGAAAAAGCCAUCAUCGUUAGCCAAGGAUACGGGAGCCAAACCUACAACCACUACGACUACGACUGCGACGAAGACAGCGACUGGGACGACCCCAACAAAACAGCAGGCAUCAAUAGCAGGCUGGUUGAAGAACAAUGUCAAGGAACUCGUCAACUCCGUCGCAGAUAAGUCGUCCAAGUCGUCUGCAAAUACCAAGGACGUCAUGGACCUCGUCAAGUCCGUGGCGUCGUCCACGUCGUCCAAAAGGCCUGCCAAGAGGAAGCUCGAGGACGAGGACGAGGACGAGGAUAAGUUUGGGCUUGGGUGGUUGGAUGAGACACUUGAUGAUGCAAACUGGAGCGAGCUUGCGAAGGACUUGGAUUUGGAUGAGAGGAAGAAUGGUGGGUACUUGACACAGGAGGUUGAGCUGGAUUCUGAGGUUGAGCAGGAGUUCAGAAGGCGGGCUAAGGAGUGUGGUCGAGAAUGUGAACUUGAAGUCAACGAGACGGUGAAGGAUGGGAGAGAAUUGCAUGCGGGGCUGGAUGUGAAGGUGGAGGGAAAGAAGGAGAAGUGGCCGAGUCGGGUGGAGGGUUUAGAACCGGAUUUCCCGUACUCAGGGGAUGACGAGCCUACAGUUCGGGAAAAGGAACCGGUGCCGGCCUUCAAGGAUUCUGUCACCAAAAGUCGGAAUCAUGACCAAGAACGAGACCUGGAGCGGGAGCGGGAGCCCGAACGGAAACAAAAGCAUUCUGAGAGGAGCAGGACCUCUCCAGCCACCAAAUUGUCACAAGAGACGAGGAGGAGCGAGGUCAAAGUGUCCAGGAGGGCGUCGUUUUUGCCUUCUGACAUCGAAAGUGACAGUGAUUCACUUCAGAGUCAACGACAGCUGUCACCGAGUGACAGGCGAGGUGAUGAGACGUCAUCAUCUGGAAGAGUUACGCAGGAACGGAGGAAGCACGAGACCAAGGCCAGUAAUGCGUUGUCGGGAUUGCCUGUUGACCUCAGUAGCGAUGAGGGGCUAUCACAGAAUCAACAGCCGCAGCAGCAGCAGCAGGAAUCGAAACAGAGCAGGAAACCGGAAUCCAAGACCCCACUUGAAGAUAUCCUACGGAAGCAGGCCUUGGACAAGCAGAGCGACCGACCUUCGACUCCGACUCGGUCUAUCUACAAAUACAAAAACUCGAAUCUGCUCAGGAGUAUCGAUGCCCCGGACUCGGACUCUGAUCUGGAUGAUUCCCUCUUUUCUAUUACCGCCACUCAGUCACAGUCGGAUCCUCAUACCUCAUCCUCGCCUUCGGUAUCCGCAUCUCGACCGUUAUCGCAGGCGCCAUCCGUAGCUUCGGUCGAUUCGUUUUCGUCGAAGACUGUCAAAACCGGUACCCCUAUGCGGGAGCGAGACAUUGAACGGAUGCCCAAGACGUCGACCGGCUUUGUUGAAUUGGAUGAUAGCAGUCUGGACGAUGAAGAGGACCCCUUCUUGGAGCACAAGUCGAAAAAAAAAUUGAUGACGAGCAGCAACAAGGGCAAGGAGGGGUCAGGGGUAUUUGUUCUGAAGACACGCAAGGACGAACCCCGCUCUUAUGUUGACACUUAUCAAAAUCAGGACCAACAACAACGAGAUGAACGCCGUCAGAAAGUACAGAGUCGAAGGAACCUGGAUGAUGACAAUUCCGAGGAGUCGAUGGACAGGUGGAGCCGUGUUGGUGGUGGAGAUCGUUCUCGCCCCAGCAGGCCGGAGAAGACGGAUGACGACACAACCAGACAUCGCAACAUCCAUGGCAGCGGAGAUACCCGACGAUCUGUAAAGUCAAGUGUUCGUACAAUGAAGCGGGUCGUCGGCAAGGAUGAUGAUGACGACUUCAUGAACGACGAAAAUACCAAGCCAGCUCGCUCAACAGCAGCGUCUAGAGGCGACACCUCAGCAGUGCCACGUAAGGAUCGACCAGCAAUCUCGUCAGGCGACAAGGAGAGCUCAAGAUGGUCGGAUGAGCGGAGGACUACGGAGCGCGAUUAUUGCCGCCCCCAGAAGGAUGACCGGGGCCGGCGUGAGGAUCGGGAUCGAGAUCGAGAGUCGACCAAUCGGCCAAGAAGGUUGAGUGUGGAGCGGUCGACUAGAGUGGCGGCCGCACAGGACCAAUUAUCAGACGACCCCUUUGGUGCCCUGUUAACGCCUACCAACCCCCAGAGGAGAACGCCCAAGGCGGAUCACCUUUUGUCAAGUCAAAAACGACGGGCCCGUUUCGAAUCUACAAGUGAUGAAGACACAGACUCGCCUCCCAGUCGAGCUACCACUCCAGAAUCGAGGAGGACGACGAUCAUGCAGUUCUUCGAGGAGCCGCCGUCGACCCCAACCAGAAGUGCGAAUGGGAAGAAGAGCGAGCUUGACGGUAUCAGGAACCAGGGUUUGGAGAGUCCAAGGAAGAGUCCUAGGGUCGGAGACGACCUCAAGCUCCCAUCGCCCAGACGCAAGAGGAUCCGCACUAUUGCCGAGAUGAUCUCCCUCUCUGACGAUGACUUUCCUUCCCCUGGCAAGGGAAAGGAGGGAGAGGAAAUGUGUCCAUACUGUGGGGACGUUUUGCCAACUGUAAUGUCGGCGCGGUUAAAGACGUCACUCGCCAAGGUUCUGACCAAGCAGGAGGACCGGGUUCAGGCUCAGCAAGAGCUUUUAAGGCGAGAGCGGAUGAAGGAUGAAUACCUUGACGGCACGCUUGAGCUCAGGGUAUUAGACACCCGGGGGCCGACCACCGAGGCGACGACUCUAAAGAAGCCAUAUGUGCCGCGGCCAAGGAAACCGGAGCGACUAAGGGGUCCCCCAACAAAGACCAACUUGACGAUCGAUGACCCUGGAAGCGGUGCUGAUGCUGCUGGCAGUUGGGUUUUCGCUGAAAAGGAAGAUGAGCUGCAGCAGAGACUAUUUAGCAAGAUCACUGCGGUAGAGAAAUUCGAGUUUUGUCGGAUCCAUGUGGCGGAGGAAAAUAUUGUCCCUGCAGGACUGGAGCGCAACUACCCGCUGUUUAUUCGGUUCGAUGAGCUGCCGGACAGGAUACGGAGGAUGGAGCCGGAACUUUUGGGGAUCAUUCGUGGGACGGUCGCGAGUCCGUAUUUGGAUCGAGCGCUUGCGAACUAUCGCACAUUGGGGCAUGGUGCUCGGAACCCUCAGGCCGUCCUUGCUGGUGUUCAAAUGACCCUUCCCGGGUACUAUGGAUCAAAAGGAUCGAGCAAGAUUGUAGAAGUAUUGGUAAAGAUGUUUAUCGAAACCCAGAUCUUGACGAGCGAGUCGGCAAGACCACAGGUGCCGAUCGAAUAUAUUCAACAGGUUCUUGUACCCGAGACUGGGGUGCGGUUGAUCCUGGAGGACCGGCGGGGUGGUAUUGGUGGUGGUGGUGACGAGGGCGAAGGUGAGUUGACGGUUGAGGAGGCGCAGGCGAUUAUGUUGGACAGUGUUGAGUUUGGGAAUUAUGUUCAUGAUAUCGAGCUGCCUUGGUAG